AACACACUGGGAGCCACAAUGAAUCCUAUAAUUGCUCCAUAUAUAAUGUUUCUAUUUUUCUGGCCUCUGUCAUCUGCUAUGUAUUUUCAUGUAGCAGAAAAAGAGGAGAAAUGCCUUAUAGAAGAUCUCCCAUCAGAAACACUGGUCACAGGUCGUUACAAGAUACAAAAAUGGGAUUUGAAAGAACAUGACUUCCUCCCGUCUGCGCCCGGACUAGGAAUGGUUGUGACUGUUACAGCACCAAACGGAGAGGUAUUGCUGUCAAAGUUAUAUGGGCCAGAUGGAAAAUUUACUUUCACAUCUCAUUCUCCUGGAGAGCACACAAUCUGCCUUCAGUCCAAUUCGACAAACCUUAUAGCUUUUGUUUCAAAUAAAUUGCGUAUUCACUUUGACAUACAAUCGGGGGAAAAUCCACUCGAUUUUCAUAUAAUUAAUGCAAAAGACAAAGUUAAAGAGGUAACAUAUGGUCUUGAACACCUUAGAGGGGAAAUAAAUCAUAUUAUUAAGCAACAGGAAUAUCAAAGAGAGCGAGAGGAGCAUUACAGAGGAAAGAGUGAAGAAACUAACAACAAUGUGCUGUGGUGGGCUAUUAUACAGACUGCAAUCCUAACAUCCGUUGGCAUAUGGCAAAUCAAGCACUUUAAGGAUUUUCUGAUUGCCAAAAAAGUUGUAUGAAAUCAAUAAAAUGUAAUUGGAUAUAUUUAGUAUAUGUAAUAAAAGUUUGCAGUAACACAUAGCAACCAAUAAGAUGUUUGCUUUUAAACUGGUGACAGUAAGUGCUAACUGCUGAUUGGUUGCUAUGGGUCACUGCUACUGGGCAAACUUUUUUAUUACAUAUACCCAUUUGUGUUUUCAAUGUUAAGUUAGCAUUUAUAUCCUAAACAAUGUCCAUACUGCUGAGUAUUCAUACAUUUUUCACUCUCUAAACCACAUUUUACAAAUAAAAAUAUAAACUAUAUAAAUGUAAAUUAAGCAUACACUGAAAAGUGUUAUUCCUUGAUGCUAUCCCAAUAAAUAAAGUACAAAUACGGGAUCUCUUA